AUGAGCCUCCUCCGAAGAUUUUCCCCUCAAGUUCAAUUAUUUACAAAAAGGUCCAUCAAAUCUCUGAAAUUUCCUGGUGAAUCUCUCGAUGAAAUGACCUCUCCUUCUCUCAUCCAUGGCAUUCACGUUUUCCAUUGCCCAGAUGCGGUUGGAAUUGUGGCAAAGUUGUCGGAAUGCAUAGCUUCAAGAGGUGGCAAUAUUCUCAAUGCUGAUGUUUUCGUACCGGAGAAAAAGAAUGUAUUUUACUCAAGAAGGUUCCGUCUCUUGCUUUCUUCGAUGUUCUGGUGUUAUGUUGAUAUUCUGGGCGGUUUACUAAAUGCUUUCAAGAGAGAUAGUGUAGUGAGUUUUCUCUACAUACCUUUAGGAUUUUAUGAAGCUUCCGAAUGUUUAAAGUCACUUAAAGUCUUUGAUCCUCUUAAAUGGACACGGAUGCAAAUGGAUGAGGAUUUUCUAAAGCUAUCAAAGAUAUUCGAUGCCAUGAGAUCAGUUGUUCGGGUACCCAGCCUAGAUCCCAAAUAUAAGAUUGCAGUCCUUGCUUCAAACCAGGACCACUGCCUUGUUGAUUUGUUGCAUAGUUGGCAGGAUGGAAAACUUCCAGUUCAAAUCACCGCCAUAAUAAGCAAUCAUGACAGAGGUCUGAAUACUCAUGUGAUGAGGUUUCUUGAAAGGCAUAGAAUUCCUUACCAUUUUCUGCACACAACUAUAGAAAACAAAAGAGAAGAAGAGAUCUUGAAUUUGGUUCGGGAUACAGAUUUUCUAGUACUUGCCAGAUACAUGCAGAUAUUCUCUGGAAAUUUCUUAAGUAGUUACGGGAAGGAUAUAAUAAAUAUCCACCAUGGCCUGUUGCCCUCUUUCAAGGGCGGGAAUCCAUCUAAGCAGGCCUUUGAUUAUGGAGUAAAAUUGAUCGGUGCUACAACUCACUUUGUCACUGAAGAACUUGAUUCUGGGCCAAUUAUCGAGCAAAUGGUCGAGAGAGUUUCCCACAGGGACAAUUUGCGGAGUUUUAUACAGAAAUCUGAGGACCUCGAGAAGCAGUGCCUUGCAAAAGCAAUUAAGUCAUACUGUGAGCUACGAGUUCUACCUUAUGAACGGAACAAGACUGUUGUAUUUUAA